GGUCCAAGAGCCAUGGCUGCGCUGAGCCAGGUGGCCUACGGCGCCUCUCUGCUGGCGGUGCUGUGGGUUGGUAUCUGCUCUGCCGUUUGUGUCGAAGUGCCGUCGGAGACAGAAGCUGUCCAGGGAUCACGCAUGAAGCUGUUGUGCAUUUCUUGCAUGAAGCGAGAAGAGGUUUCUGCCAACACGGUGGUGAAAUGGUACUAUAAGGCUGAAGGAGGCAAGGAUGUGCCUAUCUAUGAAUACAACAAUGAGAAACGGGAACUUGAGAGUCACUUCCGGGGACGGCUCCGAUGGAAUGGGAGCGCCGACAUGCAGGAUGUAUCCAUCUCUGUGCUCAACAUCACUCUGAACGAUUCGGGGAUCUAUACCUGCAACGUCACCCGAGAAUUCAACUUUGAGGCACACCGGCCUGUCUUUACCAGCUCUACACUGAUCCAUCUCACAGUGGUGGCGGAGGCGAGAGAGGACUUAACAUCUGUCGUCUCUGAAGUCAUGAUGUAUAUUCUCUUGGUCUUCCUCACUUUGUGGCUGCUGGUGGAAAUGGUGUAUUGCUACAGGAAAGUCGUCAAAGCAGAGGAGGCUGCUCAGGAAAAUGCCACGGACUACCUCGCCAUACCUUCGGAAAACAAGGAAAACUGUGCAGUGCCUGUGGAGGAGUAG